CAGAAAUGUCAAAUUGGAAAUUCAGCAGCUAAGCGAGCCGGUUAUAUAGUUUUCGCUUUUGCAUGAAAUUAUAAUUUCAAAUGAACUUUCUAUACAAAUAGUAGCUGAAAUACAAAGUUUUAUAUCGGUACAAUAUGUCUGAAGUCGAAAAUAAAGUCGUACCGGUUGAAGGCGAAGAGAAAGACUACGUUGAAGAUGGGAAAAACAAGUUGAUUGUCAAGUGCAAAUUCUGUGGAUCUAAGAUAUUAGACAAGAAAUCAGCGAAGUAUAUGACAUUAGAGAAAGAACUUCCUUUAAUGCAGCAAGACAACAACAGAAAAGAAGGAGAGAUACAAAAUGAGGCUGUAAAUGAGUUCUACCAUGUCGAAAACAUGUAUACGUUUGAAAACAUUGGUUUUACGCACACUGUAGCUAAUUGCAAGUACUUGAGUUGUGCAGAUUGUGACGCAGGACCUGUUGGAUACUAUGAUAUGGAUACUAAACAUAGUUAUGUAGCUAUAUCUAGAAUUGUACAUGCUUAAAUGGAUAGAUAGGAUGAAUUGAAAUCAAUGGCUGCACUAGAGUUGAUGUUUGCUUGCAGUAUGAAAAGUAAAAUAAAUAAAAAUGUAAGAUUUA